AAAUAACUUACCUGUGGGCAAUCUCCCAACACCAUUAGCAAUCUCCCAACACCAUCAUCACCACUGUCUGCCGCUAUCUCCACCCCCAACCUCCUCCACACCUCUCUCUCUCUCUGUGAAAGCAAGACUACUAGCAUCACCACCAGAACCUCCCUUAAUGCCCUCUCACUGUUUCCCUCUCAGUCUCUGUGUGUGCGAGUCUUAGUCCUUCCAGAACAAGGAAAACGCCACCAACUUCACCACCAGACUCACUCUGUCUCUAUCUCUUUCUCUCUGAGACGAUGAAACCAGAAGGAGUGAUACUGCAAAGGAACAGCAGCAGUUGCAGAAGCAGCCGAAAGAUCCUCCCAGCAAACUAUGUGAGAUCAACACCACUCCUGCCCAACACCGACGGCGCAUCAGAGGGGCCGGUUGUCCAGAAAUACGGCGGCGCCACCUCAUCGUUUACUCGCCCCAACAAACCAAGAAACGUCGCAGUAAUCAUCCGUUCACUCCUCGGCCUCAUCCCACUUCCUUCCAUACUCCCCACCUCCACGUGUCGGUGGCUCAGCAUCCCGUCCCGUUUCUCUCCGGCACCUUCACUCGGCCGUAAAGUCACCGGCACCCUCUUCGGAAACAGGAAAGGCCAUGUCAGCUUCGUGGUUCAAGAAGAUCCACGGUCGGAACCGGUGUUACUACUGGAGCUAGCCAUGUCCACGUCGGCAUUAGUGAAGGAGAUGUCGUCGGGGCUCGUCAGGAUCGCUCUGGAAUGCGAUGUUGGUGAGAAGAAAAACGUCAAGAUCAGCCACCGGCGGGCAGCUCGAUCCUCAGAAACUCAGAGUGUUGUAAUCGCCAUGGAAGGAGGAGUUCAGUCUAGAUCCAGGUAAGGAUCCAUGUCGAGGAAGAAAUAGUCUCCAGAUUUCAAAUCCUGAGCUUCGAUGAGCUUAUUUGGUUAGGAUUUGGUAACAGCCAAGAAGCGGCCUCGGUUUCUUCUCCGUCACCGUCCGCAUCGUUGAGGUCAUCGUCAUAGCAAUCAUCACCGUUAGACUUGACGACGGCGGCGGCGGUGGCGGUGGCAGGUUUGUACAAGGGGACGACUGGGGAUCGUUCGUGUCGGCGAGCGAGUGGGUGCGAGUGGGUUUGCCGAGUGAAUGUCACGGUCACAGGUAACACAUAGAGCUGCGGCGUCGGCUUUGCAAGUGAAGCUUGCUGGGGCUUGCUCGCAGACAUCGCACAUCCGCACGCGCUUGUGACGGGACGCAAGCUUGUUGAGUCGAUCGAAUCUAUAGCUCUGAUACCAUUGUUGUACUUUGGAGACAGAAGAGAAGAGUCAAAACCGGAGAUAACACAGGAUUUUUGGGGCUCCAACUUAUUGAUCAACAUAAUAUAUUUUCCAGCUCUUUUAUAGAGCCAAUAGAUCCGUUGAACAACGGCUCUUUUCCAAUCAACGGAAUCGCCCCCAAAAAUUCUCCUUCUUGUGACCGUUAUCACAGUAAUUCCAUGAUGAGGCCGAAUGGCCACCUCACCAACAUGAACAACCGAUUGAUCGAGGGACUUCUGGCGUGGAAGCUUGCAGACAUUGACGACGCAUUCAAUCACGGUUACCAUGGCCUCAACAAGGAUCCUCAGCAUCUCUAAAGGCUUUGAUUUGUUCACAUCCACCGCCCCCAGCAAGAAGAACCCCCUGUAAGUGACCGCAAAGGCGGCCAGGACUAGAAGCACCUUCGCAUCCCAGGAGUAGCUCGCCAAGGUUUUGAUCAGUGCCGACAUCGUAUUGUCCUUUUCUCCAGUGCAUUUGCACGAUAUCUGUCAUUAAUUAAUUAAAUACGUACUACCAGGUGAGGAAAUCUAAGUUCAUUUAUA